AUGGGCGCCAACAGCUCAUGCACCGAAGUCAUGCUGCCGGCGGGAAAGAAUGCCAUCAGGCCUGGGAGCUCAAGCUCCGAUGUGGGCUCCGAGCGAAGCUCGGAGGCCUCGACGCUGCGCCUCGGGCUGCCCGACCCGGCCAUCGUCAGGCACGUCACUGUGGAGCAGUACCUGGAACUGGCAGAGCUGCUCAAGGGAUCAGCCGCAGACCGCCAAAAGCUGGCGGCGGAGCUCCAGGUGCUACGUCGGCAGCUGCAAGAAGCAAGUGGUGCCCACAGCCGCAUCAGCCAGCGCCACGCAAACGAGUCCCGGGACCGAAGAGAGGCAGAAGCCCAGCGCGACCGGCACGCCAAUCGUGCGAGCAAGCUCCGCAAGAGCAUGGCCGCUGUCAAAGACAGCGAGGAGGCACUCAAAGUGGAGUUGACCCAGGUCAAGGCGAGCGAGAGCCGCCUUCAGAAGAUGUUGGAUCAGCACAAGGACCAGCUUUCGAAGCUCCGAUUGGAACACCAGAAGCUUGUGAACCUUCUGGCUUUACAACGGAAGCAGAUGCAAGUCUUAGGCACCUUGUCAUGCCCGCAAUGUGCUCUCAAGGCCCGUGAAAUCGGUGCCGUCAGGGACUUCUUUCAGGAAGCUCGCCAAAGGUAA